AAGUCUGCAAUGGCUUCGGCCCAACUUUCACAAUUCACACAUAUGUGCUCAAUUCCGACCAUCCCAAAAACACCAACUAACACUACAGUAUUCCCACUUAAAAUACCGAUUUAUUCAAACAAAAUUAAUAAUAGCAAUAUUUCACAAGCAACAGAGACGCGAAAAGAGUCAGAAUAUCUAGAGGUUCGUAAUGAGACCCUAGAAAAUGACACUGGUUCAAAUUCGUCGCGUACAUUACCACGCGUCGUACUUAGUGCUCACUUCUCACCAAGAAGAGCACCAUCACCUAGUGAAUUUUCUUCUAGUCCAAUAUCAUAUAGUUCUGCAGACGAAGAUAUUGACGCUAUCACAACACUUGCAUCUUUAGCCGUAGAGGAAAGGAAAAAAAUACAUCUAUCGCCCGCGUUUUCAUCAGUAGCAAGCAGUGCAGUAUCAAGUCCUCCAUCCAGUCCUUGCCCUCAAAGUCCAAGACGGUCUUCACGAAAACCAAAACCAAGCAGUCGUUCUAAAGAACAAAUAUUAGGCAAGCGACGUUUUUCUGGACCUGCAACGCGUUUAAGAAAACAUAAAUCUGUUAUUACAGAGGAUGAUGAAAGAGAAGAAUAUUAUCGUGAACGUGGUGCACCUAUUCCUUCUCUCGAAGCUCCUUAUACAAAGACGAGACGUAUACCUAUACCUACUAUAGGUAGUGAUGGAGUUAUUGGAUGCGGAGGAUAUAAAUUUAUUCCUCCAAAUAAUCCAAAUUUUCCAAAUUAUCCAAUCCCACCAAAAAAGAGCGAAAUUCUUUUAACAUGGUUUCCUAUUCAACGUAAAAUGUUUCUUGCUUCGUAUUUAGAACAUGGAAAAGAUUUUUCAGUGAUAGGUAAACAAGUAAAUAAAUCAACUGCACAAGUUGUAGAAUUUUAUUACUUGAUAAAACAUACUCCUGAAUUUCGAAAAGCAAAAGCCAUGAAGAAAGAGCUAGAGCUGUAUGAAGAAGAGGUUAACAAGAAUGAUGCGCUUAUUAAAAAUCUCGCAAAAUUGGCUUCUGGAAAGAAAGGAGGACGUAAAAAGAAAACAACUCGUAACUAAAUAUACUUAAUGUUUAUGAAAGAAACGCGUUCAUUAUGUUUAUUUCUUUUGAUCAAAAAAAAAAAAAA